AAAAAAAAAAAAAAAAAAAAAAAAAAAGGAAAUUGCAGCUGACUCUAUUAUCACUCUCGUCCUCACUCUGCCUCAGCCGUCACCUGAAAAGCUUCAACAUUUGCUCAAUUUACUAUUAAACAGUUUCUUGAAUAUACUAUACUACAAGAGAUUACAGGCAUUUGAUUGAAGCUAAGUUGACUUCGACAAUGCAAAGUAUCCAAGCAACUUCAGCCUCAUCACCGCAAAACUUAUUCUUGGGAAAGAAUCUCAGCUAUGCACCGUGUACUAUUGACAGAACGCAAGAUUUCAUACCUGCUGUGACAUCACCUCCAUUAGCUCAGAGGCUAUCCAUACAAUGUGGGGUUCGGUUCCGCCCUUGCAUUGACAUACACAAGGGAAAAGUGAAGCAAAUUGUUGGAUCCACUCUUCGAGAUUCUAACGAGGCAGAUAAAAGCCUGGUAACUAACUUUGAAUCUGAUAAGUCAGCUGCAGAAUAUGCAAAGCUUUACAGAGACGACGGCCUUGUAGGUGGCCAUGCGAUUAUGCUUGGUGCUGACCCCUUGAGCAUAGCUGCUGCAAUUGAAGCAUUACAUGCUUACCCUGGUGGGUUGCAAGUUGGAGGGGGAAUUAAAACCGAAAAUGCUUUGAGUUACAUUGAAGAAGGAGCCAGCCAUGUCAUUGUCACCUCGUAUGUCUUUAACAAUGGACAAAUGGACCUUGAGAGACUUAAGGAACUUGCUUCUCUCGUUGGAAGAAAGAGGCUUGUUUUGGAUCUUAGUUGCCGGAAAAAGGAAGGCGAGUAUGUAAUUGUCACAGACAGAUGGCAGAAGUUCAGUGACGUACAUCUCAACGAGAAAGUCCUGAAUUUUCUUGCAGAGUAUGCUGAUGAGUUUCUGGUUCAUGGAGUUGAUGUUGAAGGCAAAAAGCUGGGCAUAGAUGAGGAGCUUGUCGCAUUGCUUGGAAAGUAUUCCCCCAUUCCUGUAACAUAUGCUGGUGGUGUAACUGUAAUGGCUGAUCUUGAGAAGAUCAAAGUUGCGGGAAUGGGGCGUGUGGACGUGACAGUGGGCAGUGCUUUGGAUAUUUUCGGAGGUAACUUGGCAUACAAAGACGUCGUGGCUUGGCACACUCUGCAGGAUUCUUUGGCAGUUUAAGGCAUUCUAACUUCCCAUUGUUUGUUCAAGGUUUUUAAAUCAGAACUGAUAGCAUUAUAUCAAAGCUUCCUGGAAGUUCUGAUUAAAUGUCAAUCUAUCUUGUGGGAUAUUACAUGAAUUUUGACCUCGAAAUUCGUUUUUCCUUAA